AUGAAUCGAGAAGAUCUAGUGACAACACUUUUGAUUGCAACCAAGACAUUGGUAGAACGAGAUGACUCGGAAACAACAAAUGCUGAAACGGGUAUGCCUUCAUUGACUUCUUCCAGUGAUUCUUAUACUACUCCUUCCAUUUCCGUUCCUCCAAACAGCAACAAUCCUUUUAUUAUUAGACAACACAACCCUUCAGGCACAGUGUUUAUUGCAGUAGGGGCAAUAGUGGGAGCCAUACUUCUUGGGUUCAUUUUGUAUCAUUUGAUUGUUUCUUGUACUGCAUCAAGAGUUGCCAAAAAGACCAGCACUAACGAUAGAAUUUUGUAUGAAAAGUAUGAAAGUAACAACAAUAAUGCAUACGGAUAUUCAAACAUGACACCCACAUCAACACUCAACAACUUUGAGUACAAGAGUCAUCACCACGGCUCUUCAAUAUCGAAGCUACCGUUAUUGAAUAGAUCAUUUGCUAACUUGCCAGGUGGCGGUUCACAAGUUGGGGACAAUUCCACCAUUUAUCAAUCUGAUGUGGCUGCUCCUGCUUCAAAGCACGAUUUGACCAAAAUGUUUAUUUCACCAACUGCGGAAGUUAUGCAACAUAAAAAGACCAAGUCAUACAAUCCAUCAUUGACAAACUUGUCCUUAGGUGGCUCAGCCACGAAUUUGGCAAGUCCAUCUCCUGCCACCAACAGGCAUUCUCAAUUAGUGCCAAGUUUAUACAUAAACAAUGAGAUGAAUAAUAGCGAUUAUUCGGUGGCUCAACACAAUCCUUCAAUUCCACCAUCAUUACAUGAGGAGAGUCAAAGCCAGUCGCAAGGCAGCGAUGAUCAGAAUUCAAAAGUUCAAAGUCCAAGAAAACCGAUACCAUCGAUGUAUCUCGAGGAUUUGAUGCAUUAA